GCUUCACCCAGAUUGGGCACAUUCUCAUGGCCAGGUCCUCGCACCUCACGGCCUCCUCUUAUAUAAGCCGCAUCAUGCAGGUCCAAACCUCACAGCCGUGUUUCAGCCGACGACCGCCUCUCCCUUCGUCUGCAUUUGUCAGCGAGCACCAUGGAGCACGUGCGCGGCACCAUGACAGAGUUCUGGAAGGAGCACUCCAAGGAGGCCACAGUGGAGGAGAUGAUGCUGGACUCGCGUGCCCUUGAGCUGACUCAGCAGGAACUGCCCGAGAUCUUGUCCAUGCUUCCUGGUCUGGAUGGAUGCCGAGUGCUAGAACUGGGGGCCGGCAUCGGGCGAUACACCAGCCACCUGCUUACACGAGCGGCUCAUGUGACCGCUGUGGACUUCAUGGAGAGUUUCGUGGAGAAGAACCGCCAGAACAACGGUCACCAUAGCAACGUUACCUUCCUUCAAGCUGAUGUCACGAAGCUGCAAAUGCCCCAAAACAGUUUUGACUUCAUUUUCUCCAACUGGCUGCUGAUGUACCUCAGCGAUGACGAGCUGCUUGUGUUGCUGAAGAAAAUGCUGACGUGGUUGCGGCCCGGUGGCUUGCUCUUCUUCAGGGAGUCUUGCAACUACCGCUCAGGUGACUGUAAACGGGAGUUCAACCCCACAUGUUAUCGCACGGAGGUCCAGUACAACCACCUGACAACAUCAGUCCAAGUGGAGGACCUGCAAGCGGGUCAUGCCUUUGGUUUCGACGUUGUGCUGAGAAAAAAGGUUCAAACAUACAUUGAGGUGAAGAACAACCCAAACCAGAUCUGCUGGCUGCUGGAGAAGGUCCUACGCUCUUCAAGCACCAAGGACACAUUCAGUAGCUUCCAACAGUUCCUGGACAACAAGCAGUACACCAGGAGGGGCAUCCUGCGCUACGAGAAAAUGUUCGGGUCGGGAUAUGUCAGCACAGGCGGACCGAGCACAACAAAGGAGUUUGUAGACAUGCUCAACUUGCAACCUGGUCAGAAGGUUCUGGAUGUUGGCUGUGGCAUCGGUGGAGGAGACUUCUACAUGGCAAAGACGUUCCAAGUAAAGGUCCUCGGCAUGGACCUGUCAGAGAAUAUGGUGGACAUCGCCAUGGAGAGGGCGCUGGCUGAGAGGCUGCCAUCGGUUGAAUUUGAGGUGUCUGACGCCACUAAGAGGACGUUCUCUGAGGGUUCCUUUGAUGUCAUCUACAGCAGAGACACGAUCCUGCACAUCGCAGACAAGCUGGCGCUCUUUAAAUGCUUCCAUUCCUGGUUAAAGCCUGGAGGUCAGCUGCUUAUCAGCGACUACUGCUGCGGGGAGAAGCCAUGGACUGCGCCGUUUGAGACCUACGUCAAACAGCGAGGCUACAUCCUCUACACGCCAUCACAGUAUGGAAAGUUCAUCCAAGACGCUGGCUUCUGCAGCGUUCAGGUGCAGGACCGGACCGCCCAGUUCAUCCAGGUCAUUAAGGACGAGCUGCAGAGAGCGGACGCCGCCAAGACUGACUUUAUUCAGGAGUUCUCCGAGGAGGACUUUAGUGAGAUCGUGAAAGGUUGGAGGGAAAAACUGGAGCGUUCCAACAGCGGGGACCAGCGUUGGGGCCUAUUUCACGCCAGAAGGAACUGAGGUUUUGCACAUAACUGAAUACAUCAUCAAAAGGAUGAGACAGUUAUUAAGUUUGUUGGACAUUUUUUUUCCAAACCUGAUUAGAUUCUCAGUUGGUGGUUUUCAAAAAAAAAUGUCUUCUUUUUUUUCCGGCAUAGUUAUUUUUGAAGUUGACAAAAGUGCAAUUUAACAACAUGUUUUUAUUCAGAUGUGCAUCACAACUAAUGAGCUGUGUGAUCCUGCACUUACAUUAUUCUCUAUUGGUUACUUUUUGUAUGUUUGUGAAGGGGUGGCAGCACGGUGAAACAGGGGUUAGUCCUGAGUAGUCCUGGGUUCAAUCCCGGGCUCGGGAUAUUUCUGUGUGGAGUUUGCAUGUUCUCCCCUUGACUGCGUGGGUUCCCUCCGGGUACUCCGGCUUCCUCCCACCUCCAAAGACACGCACCUAGGGAUAGGUUGAUUGGCAACACUAAAUUGGCCCUAAUGUGUGAAUGUUGUCUGUCUAUCUGUAUUGGCCCCGACUUGUCCAGGGUGUAUCCAGCCUUCCGCCCGAAUGCAGCUGACAUUGGCUCCAUCACCCCCCGCGACCCCAAAAGGGACAAGCGGUAGAAAAUGGAUGGAUAGUUGAAGGGAAAAAUACAUUCGUUGUGUUGCUCAAAUUGCCAAUAUCUGUUCAUUUUUGUAAAUAAACCCAACAAGUUCUAACA